UGCACGUGGGUUUUCGUCGACCGGUGAUCAGGCAAAGAAUUACAAGGUAAUCUGCAGACACCCGCUGGUACCUCGUCAAAAAUGGGACGCAAAAUCGUUAUUUGAAACAGAAACGGCGAUGCGUCUCUCUGGUAUGCUCUGGCUGCUGUCUGUCUCAAGUACAACUCAAAUCCAGGAGGUCAGGUGCAACAAUACAGAAAGUCUUCUCUCAGAAGCAAGUCCGACAACUACAAAUGCUGAAGGUUCAGCGCAAGAAGGUCGUCAUACAGGGAAAGUCAGCGCCUGGAGAAACUCCAGUUGGGGAGGCUUCGGAAGCCUUUGCAGGAAAGACGAAGACUGCGCUUUUCAUGGUGGACUUACUUGUCUAUCUGCAGGGGAUCGAAAUAUCUCUCGAUGCGGGUGUGCACGCAUCGUACCCGUUGUCAUUCGAGAUCCUGAAGGGGCACCGAAAUGCAGAACAGUUAAGCUACUGUACGAGCGUUGCAGUGACAGCUUGGAGUGCAGCUACAAUAAGUCCAACCUGCGAUGCAUCGACUACGUCUGCCAAUGCGUACAGCCAUACAGGCUGACCGGAGACCAGCUGUGCGAAUAUUCAAGAAGAACGGCUUCCCUGUUCGCUGUUGCCACAGCGGUACCUCUGCUUUUACUUCUGUUGGCUUUAGCAGCAGCCUACAGGUUCCACAGGCUCUCCAGUUCUUCCGCGACUGCAGCUACGUUACAGGGUGUCCACAAAGUGUCCAAGGCUUCUGGACUACAUCUUCCACUAGUCUCUGGUGACCAUCUGCUACAGGUGUCUUAUCAAGUAGAGGACUCAGAGGACAAGAGCAUGUGUCAAAGUUCUCCACCGAUACCUAUCAAAGAACAGCACAUGGAACGCGGCAGCCACGGUAGCAGCCAAAGAUCAGAAGCUCCAAACUACGAAAGAGACCAAAGUGUCGAAAGCACCGAAAUGUAUGAUUCCCGAGAAAACGAACCUGUGCUAGAUGCCCAUGCGGAAGAAUUGUACGUCGGAAGCCAAUAUAGCAAUAUCAAUGCAACAGACGAAGAAAGAGCAACACGUUGCUCGAGUGGGUUACUUCGAGACAUUACUGCCGCAUCCGUAACAUGCGAAGAGUGUCAUACGCCCGCGGAACUUGGUUUUAAAUUAAGGCAAAAUCCCGAGCACGGUGUCGCACCUUGCGAGUAUCCACUGACGAGGGCAGGUACAAGUAAUAUUGCGUUACAGAAAGAACUAAGGAAACUUCUGGAGAAUCCUUUUGUCAGUAGCAGUGAGCCUUUUUUGCCUUCGCCGUCCACAUCGCUAUAUUUUACGUCCUCAGAAGCGACGGAUGAUACAGCACCGACAUUCGAUAUUAAUCACACCGCGCUGAAGGUGCUUUCGGCUCUCCAUACAUAUGAACACAAAGGAAUGGAUCGGAGACAAGUAGACGCUAGCAACACAAGAUCGCAGUUGGCACUGUGUUACCGUGCGCCAUCAGCAACAGCUGACGAGCUCUCCGAGGAAUUGGCGAUACUCGGAGAUCGCACCGAGUUUUCAACGGGGCCGUUGGAAGCUCAUAGACAGGUUGUCGCAACUUCUCUGUCGCCUCCUUUGGCCACGACAGCCGCGAAUGACCCUAGACAUAACAAAAGCCGUUAUGAGACAUCGGGCAAUCGCUUCCCUGAUAUGACACCGGCAAUUAUGAUGGGUAAUAUACGGGAGCCGCUGAGAUUUACCCAGUCGUGGCACACGUGUUCAUGCGCGCAUGACCCAAGUAGGAAUGUCUUGCGGCUGAACGUUAACCGAGCCCCCACGUCCCAGGAAGAUCAAAAUAUGGACCAUGUUGAUUCGGCGGCAGCUAAGAGCGCUUCCUUUAGUAAUGCAGGGCGGGCGUGCACACAGUUGAACCAAUUUCAAGACUAUGACAUUUAUCCAAUGUGUGACACAAGUCAGCAGGCUUUACAGUUUAGAAUGAUCCCCUUCUCUCCACGUAUUGCAACAUGUUCUACGGGACCGAAGACAGUGUACUAUAAUAUGGCACAAGGUACACCAAGAGAGCCUGCUGUUUCAGAUACACACCGUAGCACGAAUGCAUUGAAUGAUCUGGAGGAAUCGAGAGACGGUUCAACUUCUUCUCUUCAGUCCUUGAAGAAACCGCGAGAUAUUUCAAGUACCCGUUCUACUAUAAAAGGUAAUAAGUAUCCAAAGCAAACACCUGCAAACGGCGAAAGAAAACGACACGGUGCAGGGCAUGUCAGCAAUGAAAAAUGGUGGAAUUCCGCUUAGAAAUGUAUCCGCUGGUGGUAUUUCCAAUCCUACGUGGUAAUAUUCGUUCCAGGUUGAAUAUGAGGACGAUUUCCGCUGUGGUGAGUGCGCCAAUAUGCCGAAUAUGCACAAUAUGUUACAUGUUCCAAGUUCAUCGACGCGUUAGCCUGCGUAGCAUCUAUAGGUUCAUAAUAAAAUAAGUGCUGGACUGAG